GUACCAUUACUCGCUCGAAAAUUAGAAGAAAAAACAUCUCUCUCUCUCCCCAUUCGCAAACCCGCGCUCUAUCUUUUUUCUUCUCCGCUUUUUACUGGCUCUAUCGAAGCCUUCCUGUCUCGCUCUUAUACGACAGUCGAGGUCAAUUUGCAGCCAAGAGCGACGCGAACUGCAUACUCCUAUUGUUACCACUUCUGUUUUAUUCAACUGCAGCAGCGGAUUAACCGGAGGUUUUGAUUGGGGAUGGACGACGCGUGGAUGGAUGAAGGAGAGAUGGAUGAGAGGAGCACGGCGGACAGAGAAUGGAAUUCCCUAGCAGACAAAUAUACAAAUGAUGGGUAUCGAGAGGGUAUUUCUGCUGGGAAAGAAGAGCAUCUUCAGGAAGGUUUCGACCAAGGUUUCGCUAAGAUAGGAGUACCAGUCGGGCGUAACUUAGGCAAUUUGCGUGGUACUGCGGCUGCUCUGCUGCAGUACUUGACGCAAUUGCAGCCUCAGGCACGCCACAAUUCGGAGGAAGUGAACUCCAUUGCCAAAGGACUGUCUGAGCUGCAACUCCAAGACGUCGCACCUAGAGAUGCAGAAGCAAUCGCCCACGCUAGGGAGCACGGCAUCGAGGAUGAAGAGGUCGAUCCCGCGCAGCAAAUGGCGAAAGCACUUGAGGGCAUGAAAACUGCUGAUGGGCAAUUGAAGCUGCAAGAGUUGACGGCAAGGCUGCAAGCCCUUCUGUCCAAAACGGGUCUUCAGUGAUUAGCGUAUAAGUAGAAUUAAUAUCGAAUGCAAUCUAGUGACAUUCUUGACAUCUAGCUUCCCACCAUGUCCAAGAUAUUAAACACCGUUCUUCAUCUACACACCCCCUGUGCUUGUAUUCGAGUUAUAGUGUUCA